CUUUUUAAAAUAUUUUUGAAAUAAGAAUAAUAAUGCUCAUUGCACACUGAUUAGACGCCUCACGGCCUCACUUUUGGCGUGCUAGUAACAACCAACUUAUUAUAAGUAGGUAGGUAGUAGUAGAUAGAUAUUGAUAUAGAAUUUUAUUAAGAUUAAGGUGGAUGGGUGUAAAAUAGACAGGUAAUAGUUAUACAUAAGUUACAUGGUACCUGGCAAAAAAGCAAGGACAUAUUUUGUAAAAUUACAAAUUAUUCAUGUAAACCUAGAGCAUGUGAUGGCCAGACCUUUGUGAAAUUUGUAGAAUGCUGAAUGUUUGUCAGCUCAUGCUCCUACUAUAGGUAGGAGGGAAACUGGAGUUGAGUUUAUGUCUUUGGGAGGUCAGCAAUGGUGCAGCCUUUGAUUUUUUACUAAGGACCAUAGAUCUACUAUGUUCUGUUAUGUUAUGUUAUUGCCUCUUUGCUAAGUACCUGUACUAUAGCCUUUCUUGAUGAGUACUGAUUACCAACAAAGAAAUUAGAAAUGAAAGUAGAAAAUGUAUGUCAUUUCAUAACUUAUUUAUUUUAAAUUAUGUAUUAUGUAUGGUUUGACAAAUAAAUUAAAUUAAAUUUUGUAUGGUUUGAAGAGACGUGAUAGCCCAGUGGAUAUGACCUCUGCCUCCAAUUCCGGAGGGUGUGGGUUUGAAUCUGGUCCGGGGCAUGCACCUCCAACUUUUCAGUUGUGUGCAUUUUAAGAAAUUAAAUAUCACGUGUCUCAAACAGUGAAGGAAAACAUUGUGAGGAAACCUGCAUACCAGAGAAUUAUCUUAAUUCUCUGCAUGUGUGAAGUCUGCCAAUCCGCAUUGGGCCAGCGUGGUGGACUAUUGGCCUAACCCCUCUCAUUCUGAGAGGAGACUCGAGCUCAGCAGUGAGCCGGAUAUGGGUUGAUGACGAACCACAUCUAUGAAUAUUAUUUAUUUAAACGGGUACAUACCACGAUAAAACAACAAGAUAUUUAAUGUUGAUAAUAAUAUUCAUAAUGAACAACCACAAUAUUAGUUUAAAAUCAUUAACCACAUCAAAUUGUUCUAAGCUUAUUAAUCAAAUUUAUUUUCAUUAAUUUAAGAACAAGUUAAUUAUAAUUAUUAUUAACUGUGAAAUGACUAGUGAUUUAUACCUUCUAUUUCAAUUUGUUUGUUGGUAAACAGUACUCAUUAAGAAAGGCAGUAGUAUUAAUGAUGCAACUUCCAUUUCAUACCAGAAAACCUGUUUAUGUGUCCUCAUAUUAAUUGUUACUAAUAACUUUGGUUCGGGCACAUUAAAAUUCAAACAUCCUUUUGAUUUUUAAUGUGACUUAACCAAAUGUUGUUAUUAUGGGCAUGUUUCGCGCAUUCUUCUUUGGUUCGGAGAACAACAGUGGGUGAAGGGUGUGACUGCACAUCAUCAAGACGCCCUUAAACCUACAACAGGGCUACGAGUCCCAGAAGACUCUUGAGUUUCUCUGCCACAUGAUAGACUUUAUCUUCUUUCUUCUGGGCCGUUUCUGCACUUGGCCAUGUGGUUGGCCGUUGUACGUGUUAUUGCUGAGGAACCAAUAAAUGACAACUUUGAGCAAGAAUUGUAUCCUGGUGGGUAUAGUGGACUAUUACUGUUUAGUCUGUGAAAUAUACCUCAAAAGUGAGAGAGAUGCAAAUAUACAUAUCGCCAAGUCUGUCCAUCAAAGACAGCUGGACUCUGUACAGUAUGUGGAGGAAUUUAAAAAUGACACGAUUAAAAAGAUCAAAAACAAAUACUUUUGUGAGCUAUGCAACAAACUGCUUGCUGUGCUACCUAGAGUACGCUUGCACAUCACAGAACUGACACAUAUAAAUAAAAACCACAGAUUGUUUCGAAGAUAUGGAAAUUAUGUAAUUGCGUUCCAAAACAUUGCUAUAAGCGACCAAUCGUGGAAUAGUUUAAAUGGGAGUGCAUGUGCAAUAUGCAAUGUUGAAUAUGAAAUAGAGAAUGAGGAUGUACAUAAAAAUGAAUCUACCCACAUUCUCAACGUUAUCCAGAUACAAGUUCAAUUUGAUGACAAUAAAAAUAUUUAUCGCAAGAUUGAUGAUGCUACAUUUCAAUGUACGACAUGCAAUAUGUUAUAUGCAUUGAGCUCUCUGACAUCUCAUUUUGCUGGAGAAAAACAUAAAAAAAUAUACCAAGACUGCUGUGAUGCUUACAGCAUGAUAGCAGGCAACAUACAAACAGAAGAAAUAAUUGACUGUAACAAAACAAAUGAAAAACAGGUGGCUGUUUGUGAGCUCAGUGUGAACAAUGAGAUACAAUUACAAGAUUUUAUUGAACCAGAAUCCAUAAUCAAUGAAACAACAGAAAAUACUCCAAAUAUAGAUACAACUGGCGAACUAUUGGACUGUAAAGAAAAAGCCAUAAAUGUAGAUACAACUGGCGAACUAUUGAACCGUAAAGAAGAAGUCAUAAAUGUUAAUAGAACUAGCGAACUGUUGGACUGUAAAGAAGAAGCCAUAAAUGUAAAUACAACUAGCGAACUGUUGGACUGUAAAGAAGCCAUAAAUGUAAAUACCACUAGCGAACUGUUGGACUGUAAAGAAAAAGCCAUAAAUGUAGAUACAACUAGCGAACUGUUGGACUGUAAGGAAGCCUUAAAUGUAGAUAUUAUUGGAGAAAAAUUGGAAUGUAAAGAAGAAGCCAUAAAUGUAAAUACAACUAACGAACUGUUGCACUGUAAUAAAGAAGCUAUAAAUGUAAAUUUAACUAGCGAACUGUUGGACUGUAAAGAAAAAGCCAUAAAUGUAGAUACAAUUCGCGAACAAUUAGACUGUAAAGAAAAUGCUAUUAAUGUAGAUACAACUUGCGGGCUAAUAAGCUGCAAAGACGAAAUCACUAAGAAUGUUCAACCAGUGGAAAAGGCUAAUAAGAUAGAAGCAUGCACACCUGACAAAAAUAACAAUAAACAUGCAAAGAGCAAGGUCGAAAAAACCAAAACUACAUUCGAAGAUAGUCCUAAAGAAGUUUCCAAAAAUUUAAGCAACAAAACUCAAACUAAGAAGGUAAAUAACAAAGAUGGAACAGUUUAUGAAAAAGAAGAAGUUAAAAUUUGUGAAACAUUGCAUUGUACAGAUCAUAUAACUCGAACAGAAAAUAAUGAAACAUUGUGCAUAUUAUGCAAUUUGACUAAAGUGAAUCCUAAUAACCAUGUUGAUUCAAAACAUCACCAGAUUCUACUAAAGUUGCAUAAACAACGAUUACAAAAAAUGGGAAAUAAUACUAUAGAUGACUGUCACACACAAGGAACACAAAAUGACUCUGACGAUAUAUUAGACAAAUUACCUAAGUUCCAAAAGGAGGAAGUUAAUAUCAAUUUUGAAUCAAAAACUGCAUAUUGCAAGAAAUGUAAAACACAUAUAGAAUUUGUUUUAAAAUCUAUAGAAAAUCAUAUUUCAGAACAUAAGACGAAGACUGUAAAUAAGACGAUAAAAUGCAAUGUUUUCGAUAGCUUACCGAAAGCUGCAGACAAAAACAAAAAUUUAUUUACAAGCCCAGUGUUUCUGAAAGCCAAAAAUGAUAAAAUGCAAACAGACAAACAGGAAAAUGCAUGCACAGAAAAAAUUGUUUCCGACAAACCAAAUGAAUCUAACAUUCCAGAAGCUUUACCUUCAAAUGAAAGAGACGACAUUUCGUCAAAUGGAGAUUCUAAAUCAUCAUACAUUGUGAAAGUCCAGAGUGCUAAAACAAAAAAAACAAAAUCAGUAAACCUUAUUAAAAUGCCUUUAAAAGAUUUUGUACAUAGUAUGGUAGCAAUACAGUAUUUGAUGUACAAAGACUUACUGAUAAACGAAAAAUACUGUAUAAAUUUUCUCAGCUUUAGUUUUCUGGUGGUGUCACUACCAGACCUCAGAUGUCAGGUCUGUGAUGAGUGUCUAGGGGAUCAGAUUGGUAAUCACUUGUCUGAGCUAAGCCACACACGUUAUAUGAGGCUGACGUCAGUCAUAGAAAAUGAUGAUACAGAAUUUAUAAGAGAGGUUCAGACAGGAUCAUUCCACUGUGGUUACUGCAAUACUAUGGAAACGUCGUGGGAUAUGAUGGAGGGACACCUUAAAAGUUCUGCCCAUAAAGAAAUCAAAGCCUCAGCGAUGUGGCGCAGAACCAUCUACCUAGACAGGAUACAAGAAAGCAAACAAACAGACUUUGAUACUAUCAUAACUGAUGAUAUUCAAAUGGAAAAAAUUAGUAAGAGAUUCUGUUGAUAUUAAGGUAAUUUAUUUACUUGCGGACGUCUGGAUUAUUUUCAAAAAGUCCAUAGGCUUAUGCUCCAACGACAUCUUGUGAAGAAAAAAAAGACUGUCAUUUUUAUGUAUGUAUGUAUUUUGAAAGAAAGAAAGAAAAUAUAAUAUAUAAUAUAAUAAAAAUAAAUAGCCUCAAAAGCUCGACGGUAAGAGCGGUCGGACUCUUCACCGAGGGGUGGUGGUUCGAUCCCCGCCCCGGUCUAUUGUUGUACCUACUCGUAACACAGUCUUUCCCGACUAACUGGAAUAUUGGUCAUAUUUAAAAAAAGAUAUGGCAAAUAUUCUUUAAAAGAAAAUCUUUUUAACAAUAAAAUGGAACUGACUUAAAAGUCGUUAUUUGGAUUUUAACACAAAAUUACUGAAUCGAUUUUCAUGAAAAUGAAAUUGCACCAAUCUGGAAGUAAACUCUUUAAAACAAAAAAAGAAUAGCACAACUAUUAGGUACAUUUAUUUGUUUUGUUGUGGAGACCCUUAUGCCUAGUUAACAAUAUAUGGAUGAGAUACCGCCCAAAAAUCGUUCGUACUCAACUAAAAUACUAAAAUAGUCCGAAUUGGGCAUAGAGUUGCAAUGCCAAAAAAAUUCAAAUUAUUUCAUAGCCGGCAAAGACGUACCGCCAAGCGAUUUAGCAUUCCGGUACGAUGCCGUGUAGAAACCGAAAGGGGUGAGGAUUUUCAUCCUUCCCCUAACAAGUUAGCCCGCUCCAUCUUAGACUGCAUCAUCACUUACCAUCAGGUGAGAUUGUAGUCAAGGGCUAACUUGUAAAGAAUAAAAAAAAAAACAAAACAAAAAAAAUAAAGCUAGUUGCUUCGACUGGUGACAGAAGGGCUGGCUCAUUUUUCGCUCAAAAGAUCAGCCUGACUGUCCAGUAUGAAUGAUUUGUAUAAUUUUAGUUAUUAGCUUCCUAUUGUAUUGUCUAUACUUAUAGUAAAUCUGUAGAUAGGUCAAUUUUGUACAUGAAAUAUAUUUCAAAAAUAACUACCAGCGGGUGAUUAGUGAUCGAUACUCAUGCCAAAAAUGCAAUCAGUAAAAUUUUUGUCUGUCUGUCUGUAUGUUCGUUAUAGAAACAAACGAAUCGACGGAUUUUAACGAAACUUGGUACAAUUAUUCUUCAUACUCCUGGGCAGGUUAUAGUAUACAUUUCAUCACGCUACGAUCAAUAGGAGCAGAGCAGUGAAGGGAAUUGUUGGGAAAACGGGAGUAGUUUUUACAGCGAUACUACUGUAAGGGCUGGUUUAAAGAGGUCUAAGGGCGGACGUAGUCGCGGGCGUCCGCUAGUUUCUCAAUAAAAAUAAAUUGUAAAUAACAUUAUUUAAAAAGAAUCGAUUCUUCAACCGAAUACCAAAACAUCGAUCAUUAAUCGAAUAUACUGUGUAAUUAAACUAAAACUAAAUUAAGAUUAGACGAUGUGUUCUAUAUAACGAGACUUCUGUAUGUGAUGUGUUUGUUAAAGUUGUAUUAGUAUGUGUAUAUUCCGAUUUAAAGGAGAAUGCCCACCGGCCCAUAUAACGUCGGUCCAGGGCACCCACCUGGGUUCCCUGAAAAAGUAUAUAAAAGUAUAUGGAGAUGAUAAUAUGAUGUAUAAAUAAGGGUCUGGUUAAUUAAUUUGCUUAAUAAAAGUAUGUUUCUUGAACAAAAAUACAUUUUUUUAUCACUCUUCUAGGGCAAAAUGAUCGCCGGUGUACCAAGUGAAGUAACAUUUGAAGCUUAAUUUUUUUUGUACAAUUUUUUUUUCUUACCAACAAGCUUAACAAACAAGAAACCGAACCUACAAACCAAUCAUAAGUCUUCAAAAAAUAUCGUAAAAACUCAGGCUGUAUAACCAACGAUCUUCAUUUUUUAGAACAAAUUAAAGAUGAAUUAAAAAUGUCGUAAAUCUGUUGUAGCAAACUUUUUUUGAUUAAGGAAUGAUUUCAUUAUUUUUAGAAUUAUCAAGAUUUUUUUGGAAAGUUACCUGCCAGGUGGUUAGGGUAGGCCUGGGCCGGGAAUGGGCAAUGGGCAUUCACCUUUAGUUUUAUUUAUGUGAGG